AUGGCAUCGCCGGCGCGGACCCCGGACAUCCGCUACUCGGAUGUGGCACGCUAUGUGGGCUUGUCACUCAUGAAGGAUGGCUUGCAGCGGCCAAAGUCUCAAAUCAAACUUCAUCCACUGAAAGCACAGGAGAUGGCGGCACUGAAAGCCCCACCGGCGCUGACAGCCUCUGGAUCGCCAAAAGAGGAUGAGCAGGUAGAUAAGAUCAAAGUGCAUCUAUCAUGGCUGAAAGCUCAGCACAGAGCAGAGAAGGAGGAACUUCGACGACUGGAAGGUUGCUUGUCAGAUUCCAUGCUACUAGAAAAGAAGGCGCAACGUCGAGCCAUGCGAGACAGGGAGAAGUUCGAGUUUCACCAGAACCACGCGGCGCAGGUGGAGGAUCAGAUCCAAGCAUUGAAGGAAGAGCUCCACCAGCGGAAGGUGCGGAACAGUGCGCCCAAGAAGACUGAAGAAACUCCUCAAGAAGCUCAAGAAGAGAGGCCCAGUCCAGCAGAGGAGUCGGCUGGACGGUCGCAGACGGCUCCCGAAACGGCUGGAGCUCGUGAAAAGCUGGCAAUCCUGGACGAGGAUGAGGAACCUGAGGUGGCGGAGGACUCCCACAUGACGCUGAAGGAAUACUUCGAUGCUGCAGAUCAGAGACGAGAGAAGGAAAGGCAAAAGAAAUCGCAGCGAUCACAAUUGCUGAGUGCUUCGGCUCGAUCACAGGCCGAGUCUAGACGAAGUUUUUGGCAUCCCAGGAGGCAGCUCACGGCAGAAGAGAUUGCCCAAAAUCAUGAAGAGUACAGAAAGACAAUUCGUCAAAUGAUGAUCGACAAAUGUGGAGAUGAACAGGAUGACCGAUCCAUGCGGGCCAAGAAAGCCUUCAGAAAACUGGACCUCAACGGAAGCGGCAACGUGAGUUUGCAAGAGUUUGCUGAUGGAGUAGCGAGGUUAGGAAUCAACUGGCAAGAGAUGACCGGAAUGACUCGUCCUCGAGAGCUCUUCAAGAUUUUUGAUCUGGACAAAGAUGGUGUGAUCGUUUUCUCAGAACUCUUUCCAGAAAUGGAAGAGAAGGAGCAGGAACGAGUGAGCACGCCAGAAUUUUGGAAACGUUGGGUGGAGAGGAACCGUGACCUGGAAAGCACCCGCGGACCCAAAUGGCAGCCAACCACACCGGAGGCAGAACUGGAGCUCCUGUACAGCACCUCUGAGAAGCACGACAGUGCCAGCGAGCUCCGAAAGUGGAUGGCAUCAACCAUUCAUCGCCUCAAAAAUCGUGGCAAGAGUGACGCACGGUGCCGUGAGAUCGUGGCAGCGCAUUUGCCACGUGGGACUGGGCCAAAAGAUUUGGAAGAUGUUCAUACAUUUAGUUCCGCAGAAGUGAAACUUUGCAAAAAAACCUACAACGAUGAGGUCAAUGAUCCGGUUCGAAACAUUCAGAAGGUCGUUUACGACAUGCGAGAGCAGCGACGCCAGCUCCACGAUUCAAGACAGAAACUGUGGUCACUGACCAUGGAGCCAGUGAUGCGCAAACAAAUGGAAGAAGAUCGAAAGAACGCUGCCACAGCAGUUGGCCUAUCACUGGGUGGCAUGGGACCAUCCAUGACUGGCAGCAAGGAGGCUGAAGCGCCAGGGCAGGCGAAAAAAUCCAUGAAGGCCAUCGCUCAGCAAUGCAAAAUGGAUGAAGAUACGGUGGAAUUUCUACAUCGAGAAUUUACUGCCCAAGCAGACAAGACUGACCUUAUUCUGAAGAAGGGCUUCCAACGUCUCCUCCGUUCUUUGUGCCUAGGGCGCACAAUCUCUGAGAGUGACAUGAACUACUGGUGGGAACAAGCAGUCAAGACCAUGCCGGCACAAGAAGAUGUACGCAAG